AAACCUUGGCAAGAUGGUGGAGGAGGCUGUGAAGAAGAUGCCCCGGGACAGCCAGGCAGACAAGGAGCUGAGAAUGGAGAACAGGGAGGACAAAUCCCCACAGCAGAACCUCGUGGAAGAGGCUGUUUUGAGUGGCUCCACAGCACAGGAAUCAAAUGAGGAGAAAAAGCGCCUGAGAUCCUGCAGGAGGAAGGACUCCAAACCCAUCCCAGGGUGCACUGAGGAGGAAAGACCAACCCUGUUCCAGGAAAGUGGACAGAGCUUCAGCCAGAGCAACACCACUGUCCAGCCCCAGAUCAUCCACACUGGGGAGAGGCCCUAUGAGUGUCCUGAGUGUCAGAAGAGAUUUCAGACCAGAUCCACUCUGCGAAGGCACCAGCAGAUUCACAGAGAGGAGAGGCCCUUCCACUGCCCCGACUGCAGGAAGGGCUUCAACCGCAAGUCCAACCUCAUCAGGCACCGGCGCAUCCACACUGGGGAGAGGCCCUAUGAGUGUGGGGAAUGUGGGAUGAGCUUUAGCCAGAGCUCCCACCUGAUCUGCCACCAGAGGAUCCACACCGGGGAACGGCCCUAUGAGUGUGAGCAAUGUGGGAAGAGCUUCAACUGCAGAUCCAGCCUGAUCCGCCACCAGAACAUCCACACUGAGGAAAGGCCAUACAAGUGUGGGGAAUGUGGGAAGGGCUUCAACCAGAGGUCCCAGCUGAUCAUCCACCAAAUGAUCCACACUGGGGAGAGGCCCUACGAGUGUCCUGAGUGUGGGAAGAGGUUUCAGACCAGCUCCAAUCUCCUCGUGCACCAGCGGAUUCACAGAGAGGAGAGGCCCUUCCGCUGCCCCGACUGCAGGAAGGGCUUCAA